GGACCAGAGAUCAGGACCACUCUCCUGGGACUACGGCUUCUAGACUUCUGCCCCUUCUCCCUUCCAUCUAAACGGCAACAUGACUGAGUUCACCGCUGACCAGCUUGAGGACUUCAAGGAGGCCUUCGGUCUCUUCGACAGAGUUGGUGACAGCAAGAUCGCCUACAACCAGGUUGCUGACAUCAUGCGCGCUCUGGGACAAAACCCAACCAACAAGGACGUGGUGAAAAUCCUGGGUAACCCAACCGCCGAUGACAUGACCAACAAAAGGAUCGACUUCGAUACUUUCAUGACUAUGCUGAAGACCGUCGACACCAUCCAGAAGGGAACCUACGACGACUACGUUGAGGGUCUGCGCGUCUUCGACAAGGAGGGCAACGGCACAGUGAUGGGUGCUGAGCUGCGCAUUGUGCUGUCCACACUGGGAGAGAAGAUGUCCGAGCCCGAGGUUGAUGCUUUGAUGCAGGGACAGGAAGACGAGAACGGCUCUAUCAACUAUGAAUCCUUCGUCAAGCACGUCCUGUCCGUGUAAGAAGCUCACCUCCCCAAGAGAGUGGUGAGAGAAAAGUGGUGUAUAUACAGACCCCAUGGUGUCAGGACAUCAACCCUGGUUUGAAGACCAACCAAGCAACAAAAAGGACUUAGAUGCCACUUCUAAACACAUUCUCUCUUUAUUUUGAUUUUCACCUCCAUUUUCUCUCUCUGGAAGUCACCCCUCCUCUCCCAAGCAGUUUUGGUCAUUGCGUUUCUGCAUUUCUGAUGGUCUCAGGGGCAGCGGCCUGCAUUUUGGGUGGAAAUCGAAGGAAUAGGCAACAGCCGCUCAUGAAGUGAGGGUGCGUUUUCUGUUCUUCUCGGACACCCGUGUCACUCCAGACGUGCUAAAGGCACGGAACAUGGCUGCUGUUCCUUGAACCCAGACAUUACACACUCAAGUUCCCCAAUAAAGGCUUUUUUCAGAAAAA